CCCGCAGCCGGUGGCGCUGCGAUGUUUGGCGACUGUUUCGGGCCGGAGCUUGCCCCUGCCCGAGGCUGCGCCAAGGCCGCUGGCACCGGGGCCGGUAGGGCCUCGCUAUAAGCCCGCCCCGCAGAGGGAGCGGGCCCUGAACGCCGCGUUUCUCAGGGCCGGGUCGCGCACCGGGGCCCCGCCGGUGCGGCGGCGGGCGGGCGGCCGAGGUCGUGCCCUUGCAAGAUGGCGGCGGCGGGGCUGUGCCCGUGCCGGGCGCUGCUGGCGCGGUGCGGCGGGGCUCUGCGGGUGCUCUGCGGCUCCGUGCGGGGCCUCGCCACCGGCCCGGAGAUGCACUUCGGCUUCCAGACCGUGACGGAGGCGGAGAGGAGGGAGAAAAUUAACCAGGUCUUUGAAAGUGUGGCCAAGAAAUAUGAUAUAAUGAAUGAUUCAAUGACUCUAGGGAUUCAUCGAGUAUGGAAGGAUAUUCUGAUGCAUAAAAUGAACCCUUCCCCAGGAACACUUCUUCUUGAUGUUGCUGGAGGAACAGGUGACAUUGCCUUUCGUUUUAUUAAUUAUGUUCGCUCUGCACAAGAACGCCAGCUCCAGCAGAAGCUUAAGCACCAUCAGAAUUUAUCAUGGCAGGAAAUUUCUGAGAGUUACCAGGAAGGCAAAUUUAAGCCGCUUGGGGAUUCCCAAGUGGUGGUCUGUGACAUUAACAAAGAAAUGUUAAAAGUUGGGAAGCAGAAAGCACAGCAUCUUGGCUACUCUGAAGGCUUGUCCUGGGUACUUGGGAAUGCUGAAGAGUUGCCCUUUGAUGAUGAUAAGUUUGAUGUUUACACAAUUGCUUUUGGAAUCCGAAAUGUAACUCGUAUUGAUUUGGCACUUCAGGAGGCCUAUCGUGUGCUGAAACCAGGAGGAAGGUUUCUCUGCCUUGAGUUUAGUCGUGUCAGCAGCCCUCUUCUUUCCAGGCUCUACGAUCUGUACAGUUUCCAGGUUAUCCCUGUUCUGGGUGAGGUUAUUGCUGGUGACUGGAAAUCUUACCAAUAUCUUGUGGAGAGCAUCCGUCGUUUCCCACCUCAGGAGGAGCUGAAGGCAAUGAUAGAAGAUGCAGGCUUUUUAAAAGUGGAUUAUCAGAAUUUAAACUCUGGCAUUGUUGCCAUUCACUCAGGUUUCAAACUGUGAGUCUACUGUGUAGCAAAACAAAGGAAGUGGAAUUUUCCUGAGGAAUAUGAAAGCUGUGGCAUUUUAACACUAUCAAGACUGAAGAGGAGUUUUAAGAACUUGUGCAACAGAGCCAGAAGGUCAGACCCAGAGGAACAUCAGCUGCCUUGCCCCGCCCCCGCCCCAAGAAACCUCUGGAUGAAGUGAUUCGUGUGGUGUUUCUUACACUUGCAUUUCUCUUCAAGUGCAAUGUAAAGCACGCGGCCAAAACUGAGCAAUCAUUACAAACAAAGCAACUUCAUUUACCCGUGGUAUAGUUACAGAAGUAGACUGACUAGUCUUUAAAUAAGAUGCCUCCUUUUUUUGACUAAGCUUCAAGGAGGAUAUCAUACCAGUGAGAAGUAACUUGGAUUUUUAGAUCUUUAUUAAGCUGUCAUGUGGACUUAAGGGGAUUUUUCCCAUGAUUCCUUUAUUUCUUUCAAAGGCAAAUGGAAGGCUUGUGAAAUAAACCAGCUCUGCAUCAA